AAGGCUUGAAAUUAUAAUUUAUUAAUAUCUUUUUUCAUGAGUUCAAUUGAUUUUUCAAGUCAAGCAACAGUUCCAUUUCAAUCAGAAGUGGAUGAAACAUCAAGUCAUUUACAAGCUCAACGACGUCGUCUUCAAUCAACAGCAAUUCCAAAGGUAACAGAUAUUACGGGUGAAAAAGUGCGUGAAAGUUUUGAAAGUUUUGUUGAAAAUUUUAUUGAGUCAGAUCCAGUUUCAGGUACAAGGAAAAAAUAUUAUUUAGAACAGAUACAUGGAAUGAAAAGUUAUGAAAUAACUACGCUUUAUGUUGAUUAUAUGCAUCUUCUUGAAUAUGAAAAUAGUGCACUUGCAGAAGCACUUGUAGAACAAUAUUAUCGGUUUCUUCCUUUUUUGAUUCGUGCUCUUCAUCGGCUUGUAGAACGUUAUGAACCUACAUAUUACCGCAAAGCUAUUUCCCAAAUGACAAAUGUUUCAAAAGUUUCGACAGAUAAGACAUUUCAUAUUGCAUUUUAUGGAAUUCCAUUAGUUUCAAAGAUUAGAGAUCUUAGGACAGAUCGUAUUGGCAAAUUGAUUAGUAUUUCAGGAACAGUUACACGUACGAGUGAAGUUAGACCAGAAUUGAGCCGUGCAACAUUUGUUUGUGAAGCAUGCAAAGCAGUUGUUACUAAUAUAGAGCAAAUAUUUCGUUAUACAGAGCCAUCUCAAUGCCCGAAUGAAGUAUGUCGAAAUCAGAAGCAUUGGCGAUUAAAUAUUGCUCAAUCUACUUUUGUUGAUUGGCAAAAAGUUAGAGUUCAAGAAAACAGUUCAGAAAUACCGGCUGGAAGUAUGCCUCGAACUCUACAUGUGAUUUUGCGUGGAGAAAUUGUUGAACGAGUUAAAGCAGGGGAUAAAAGUAUUUUUACCGGAACUUUAAUUGUAAUUCCUGAUAUAUCUCAGCUUGGUCUUCCUGGAGUACGUCCAGAAGCCAUGCGAGAUACUCGAGGAUCCGGUAGAACUCGGGAUGGGUUUGCCAUUGAAGGUGUAACAGGACUUAAGACAUUGGGUGUAAGGGAUUUAACGUAUCGACUUGCUUUUCUUGCUUGUAUGGCACAACCGACUAGCAAUAGAGAUAUUUCUUUUCCAGAUGUUCGUGGAGAAACUCAAGAAAAUGAACAAGACAUUUUUUUGAAUUCUCUUUCACAAAAUGAAAUUGAUGAACUCAAAAAAAUGGUUCAUACAGAUCGUAUUUAUUCCAAACUUGUUGAUAGUAUUGCUCCUACAAUUUAUGGUCAUAAAAUUAUUAAAAAAGGUAUUCUCUUGCAGCUCAUGGGGGGUGUACAUAAAAUUACACCAGAAGGUAUAAAUCUAAGAGGAGAUAUCAAUAUAUGUAUUGUUGGUGAUCCAUCUACAUCAAAAUCUCAAUUUCUAAAAUAUGUAUCUGGAUUUCUUCCUCGUACUGUUUAUACAUCAGGAAAAGCAUCUUCUGCCGCAGGUUUAACAGCUGCUGUUGUUAGAGAUGAAGAAACAGGAGAAUUUACCAUAGAAGCUGGUGCUUUAAUGCUUGCAGAUGAUGGAAUAUGUGCAAUUGAUGAGUUUGAUAAAAUGGAUAUAUCAGAUCAAGUUGCCAUUCAUGAAGCUAUGGAACAGCAAACGAUUUCUAUCGCUAAGGCAGGGAUUCAUGUUACUUUGAAUGCACGAACAUCUAUUCUAGCAGCUGCAAAUCCUAUAGGAGGACGUUAUAAUCGUAAAGCAACUCUUCGAGCAAAUAUUCAAAUAUCACCGCCGAUUAUGUCAAGAUUUGAUCUGUUUUUUGUCAUUCUUGAUGAAUGUAAUGAGACAGUAGAUACACAUCUAGCACGACAUAUUGUAGAUAUACAUAGGUUACAAGAUAAUGCGGUUAAAUCUGAAUUUUCUACUGAGCAAUUGCAAAGAUAUAUUCGUUAUGCACGAACAUUUAAACCGAAAUUAACUCCAGAAGCUCAGGCUGAAUUAAUUAAGAGAUAUAAGGAACUUAGGAUAGAUGAUGCACAAGGCAUGGGCAAGAAUUCAUAUCGAAUCACAGUACGUCAAUUAGAAAGUCUGAUAAGACUUAGUGAAGCUAUUGCAAAAGCGAAUUGCGUAGAAGAUAUUACGCCAAAAUUCGUUACAGAGGCAUAUAAUCUUCUUCGCCAAAGUAUAAUCUAUAUUGAAAGAGAUGAUAUAGGUCUAGACGAUGAUAUAAAACAAUCAGAAGAAGCAGGUGACACAGAAAUGCGAGAUAUAAAUCCUAUUAAAAAGGAAAAAACAAAAAUAACUUAUGAUAAAUAUAUAUCUAUUUUAAAUAUGAUUAUUAAAAAAUUAAAAGAGGAAGAACAAAACGUGGAAGGUGUAGAAGAGGAAGACUUGGUUCAAUGGUAUUUAGAACAAAAAGAAAAUGAAAUUUUAACAGAAGAUGCUUUAAUAGCUGAAGAAAGUUUAAUAAAGAAAGUAUUAAAAAAACUUGUCAAAGAUCAUUAUAUAAUGGAGCUCUAUGGAGAGGAGGGAGAAAGCGAAACAGAGAAACCAAUUAGAAAAAUUUAUGUGAUUCAUCCAAACGCCGAAGUUGAUUUCCUAGAUUCAUUUUCUACAUCUACCUCAUAACAUUAUAUAAUAACUUUUAUCAUGGAUUUUUAUUUUUGUGAUUUUU